AUGAGCGACGAUGCUGCGUACGCCUGUGCCAGCUGUGGUUUCACUACGAAAGACGCGUCGAUGUUGGAAGAGCAUGCGCGUACGCAUGAAGAAGGAGAGCAGUGUCCGUUGUGUUCAGAUCGAACACUGAAACUCACCGAACACCUGAUUCAGGAGCACAAAAUCGCCGAGACGGCCGUCGAACGAUUGCUUGCCGUGCAUCGACCCGAAACAUCAAAGAUCAGAGAGAUCAGAGCUAUUUGA